AUGCAUUCUACAGUACGCAGUGUAUUUCAUAUUUUAAAUCUAAUCUGUUUAUCCAUUUUAUUAUUAGCAUUUGUCUUUUUCGUCAUUACAUUUUGGACGAAACUCUCUGUUAAAAUUGUUGAGCCAACAUUGAAUAAAUUACGAAUAGAUGGUGUCAAUAAUCGAACCGUAACUGAUGGAGUGAAUAGUGUUGUACGAACGUUUACACGUCCGGUAAUUUUACCAUUGAUGGCGAUAUCACUUGUAUUUGCUUGUAUUUAUUUCUUUGGAGCACUAAUCGCUUUUAAUCGAAGCAGUACAUUUUUUCUUAUGUAUGAAGUUACUUUAACAGUUUGUAUAAUUGUCCAUAUAGUUAUGAUAACUAUUGUGUUAAAAAAUCCGGAAACAACAGAAAAAAUGAUGGAAAGACUUUUCGCAAAAAAGUUUUAUCUCUAUCGAUCAAUGAAUAGUCGUGAUGGAGCAAGUUUAUUUGCGGCUGUCGUAAUGAUAGAAUUAAAAUGCUGUGGUUACAUGAAUCCUUUUGAUUUUGACGAGGACAGAGUAGAAAAUACCGAUGAAUAUGAUGGUCAUACUUAUGAUGACUUAGUAUUACCUGUACCAUGCUGUUUGAUGGAUAAAGACAUGAAGUUGAUUGAUGUAAAUUGUCCAAGGUUCCAUUACAUAUCAGAAAACGAUCACAAACAUCACAGUAAAGGCUGUAAACAAGUAUUUGGUCGUAAAGCAUUUAGUUUCAUAGCAUACAUUGCUUAUUUAUCAAUAACUUUGAUUGCGAUCAAUAUAGCACUUGUGAUAUGCGUUGUUCUGGUAUUGAGAGAAAUAUGGAUAUACCUUUAA